AUGGCCUUGAGAAGGCAGGUGCGGUUGAGGAAGGAGUACAUCUAUCGCAAAUCCCUUCAUGGCAAAGAGGCAUCAAUUUAUGAGGACAAGCAGCGUGUGCGGGAGGCCUUGCAAAACGGAACCCCGCUCCCAACGGAGUUGCGCGCUGAAGAAGCGACACUUCGGCACGAGGUGCCAUCAUAG